ACUUAAGCAAGUGACACUCAGCAUGAUAUCACUUGUUCUGGAACCACAGUUUUCCCAGCGACCAGCCCGACCCGCAGACGUAUUCCCUUCCUUUCUCUUCCUGCAAUGCUCCGGGAAAAUACUUGCCAAGUUUUACUCCUCCCUCAAGAAAUUCUGGACGAGAUAUUGUCCGAAAUUGAUCUUCACCGUGACCUCAUCUCAUUUGCUCUGGUAUCCCGAACAUGUACUCGACUUGUUAUACCCAGACACAACGAAUAUCGCAUAGUUCGCAUUCGGCACAAGCUUCCCUCCAUGUGGGCACACCUCGCAAAACGUGCUGACCUGGCACGCAAUAUACGCGAGGUACAUGUCUGUGAACGGCACAAUCACUCCGCCUCAGACCAUUCCCCCACCACGUUGGUUCCUCCAUGCAAUGUGGAUGACACCGGAAGCGAGGAGACACGAGUCCAGAACAUGUGUAUGGCUCUCCAGAAUAUGCAUCGUCUGCGGGUCUUUACCUGGUCCUGUACGUAUAAUCCUUUUCCAGAGCCGACGGCCACCCCCUCGCAGGAGGCGGAGAUUCUGGGUACUCUGGUUAGCAAACCGUUGCUGAGAAAAGUGGCGCUGGCUGGAGCAUUUGAAGCUAGGCCUGGAUGUCAUAAUUCAAUAUAUCCCCUCUGGAAUCUGACAAAGCUGACACAUCUGUCGUUGGUGGGCCGUGUCUGGGUUAGGCCUCAGAUCGGGCCUUUUCUGAAGUCUAUGCUCAAAGCAUGUCCUACGAUUGAGGUUCUAAAGGUGCCGAUGGAGCUGACCAUACUUUCCGGCUGCGUAUUUCCGCAACUCAAAAAAGUCAAUAUAUUUCUCCAAUCAGGCGGGACGCUGUCCCUCGAUAAGUCUUGGGUUCGCUUUUUAGAAAAGAACCCAACUAUUGAAGAGUUGGCUUGGUUCCCUUUGGGUCCUCUGAUUGGAGGUCUAAGUCCAGACUCCCUUCCUCGUAUCCGGCGCGUGUUUGGAAGCGAGCUACUGCUCAAGGCGAUUUACGCGUCACCCCGGCCUAUCGAAUGUGUUGAAACGACGGCUGAGCCAGCGAUGUUCGCUUAUCUGGACGAGAUCAAUGCAGACUGCCUUCGCGAAGUUAGAUUUACCUGUUCGAUAGGUAACACAUACGACGCCCUGCUCACCUUGGCCGAAAAAUGUCCAAAUAUCACUCGCCUAUCUUUCCCCGAAUAUCAUAUGAAACUAGACGAUUGGCUGCACCUAUUCUCCCUUUUACCCGCUCUAGAAGUAUUCGAAGGCAUGUCACUAUGGAGAGCCGUGGAUGGGAACCUUGACAAGAUGCACCAAGCAAUCAUGCAAGCGCUCAUGUUAUGUCCCAAUUUGAGGGAAUUGGAUCAUUACAAGUACGAUGCGAAGCGGAAUGCGUAUGCAAAGAUUGUGAUUCUUCGAGAGGAAGGAGAAGAGAGUGACAAUGUCAGGUAUGAGGUUCGUAGACCUCCGCCCAGAGAUCUGUUUGAUUUCCGGUACAGUCUCAGGUAAUGCUGCUUUAUGUAGCUCUUUUAUUAUCAACAACGACUUGUACCGGUAGUGCAUUCUUCAUUGAUAAUACUGUAAAUGUACGGAAGAGUUUACAUAAAAUAAGCCUAAAGAAAUUGUGCCGCCAAAUAAAUAGUAUGUUCGAAC